CAUCUGUUAGAAGAGUUAUUCUGUUUGCAAUUCAUCAUGGCUGUGGAAUACUUUCAAAGCUGCUAAAAUAAAGAUAUGUAGUAGAAAGACCCUUGAGGGACUUUCCUGGAGCACAUAUUCAAUAAAAUCAUGAAAUAAAUAAUUCCAGAACUAGGAUAUUGAAGGGAAACACUGGGAGUUUUUGUGAGAAAUUCCAUGCCUCAUUCUUGUUGAAGAUAUGACGAAAUGUUGUUAGUUAGGAUCGGACCAGCAAGAAAUGGAAUCUGCAAAGGAGUACUCUCCACAGUAUCUAGUUCCAACUCCCUUGUUUCUUGCUUUUGUUUUCCCACCAUUUUCUCUUCCUUUUGUGCGGAUCAUGAAGUUUGUUUGUUAGCUUUUAGGUCCAAUUUGGUUGAAAGGCAGGAACAUGCAAUGUUUCUGAUGUAUGAUGGAUGAGAAAGAAGAAAAAAAGGAAGAGAAGAUUGGAUUUUUUCACAAACCACACAACUCGAAGAGGGGGAUCCCCUGAUCGUGUAUCGGUAGGAUCUGGAGCAAAAAGGUCUAGUGUAUCAUCAGGGGGCAGGGCUCAUGUUUCAUCAUCUCCUAACCGUAAAGAGUUCUUCAAGAAAUUUGAGGACAGCGAAAUUUUGACAGCAAAACUUGAAGAAUGGUUUGCAGAAAUAUCAGAAAAUUCAGCAUGUAAAAACCCCGCCUUUGAUGUUCCAUUUGAGUUGACAGAACUUCAAAAAUUCGAUUAUGCAUUGGAAGGCGUCUCCUUUGAGCAGCUGAUACGGAUGCCUAGUGCAGUUUAUGCCUCGACCUCAGAUGCUGUCGAAGCAACUGCAUUUCUCGCCAUCGAAGAUUUCCUACAUGCGAGUGUGAAGGGCUUGUGGGAGACAUUUUGGGGUCAGGAUGGGCCUAUGCCUUUCUCUGUUGCCUGCUUACACAAUCAUAAUUCUGUUUCAAAAUUCUAUUCCGCUGAGAAGGCGAUUGCAAGUGGGAAGCUUGGGGGGCUCUGUGCGACCGCUAUAAUGUUGAAAAAGAGCCGCCAACACUCGCAUGGGAAAUGGGACCAGAUUCUUGAAUUGGCACUGUUGAGGCCCGAUGUAGGGAGCCUUUCAAUGGAGAGCGACCGGCGACCUUCUCUUUCUGUCCUCGGGGAAGCUCUGUUCUUCGCAGUCCGUAUACUACUAUCGAGAAGCCUCAGCAGAUCUAGCGUUCUUCAGAAUUCCAACUGCGUUUUUGUGCUAGUUGUUGAUUCUCAGUAUGGCGGGGUGGUAAAAGUUGAAGGAGAUGUGAAUAAAUUGGAGCUUGAUGUGAAUAAUGUGUAUGACUGUGCUGCCGAAUGGGUUAAAAAUCAUUCCCAAAUUACAGUCUCUCCCGUCGAUCGAAUCUGGAACAAGCUCGGGAAUGCCAACUGGGGAGAUAUUGGAGCUCUGCAGGUUCUUCUAGCGACCUUCCAUUGCAUCGUUCAAUUAUCUGGAAUGCCGAAGCUUACGGUCGAAGAUUUAGCUUCUGACCACAGCAUCCGUCUCCAAAACCGGAGAACUGAGAGGCAGUUGAUGGACACUCGAGCGAACGGAAAUGGUUUGUUCCGAUUCCAGCAGCGCAGUCAUUCUCCUGAAAUUGUUGAAGUACAGGAAGAAUCCAUCAAGAUCGAGCCAGAAGAGACACUAAGGAUGGAGGUAGGAUCAGUUCUAUGGCUCGAGGAUUCAAACUGGCAAAAGGGUUUUCAGAUCAAUGAAGUUCUGACUGACGGAGAGCUUCAGAUUUACAGUGCAACAUCUGUGGAAGAACCCGGAAAAGCUCUAAUGCUGUACAUUGGAUCUCAUCCUUCUCAUCUGGAACCGGCUUGGGAGGAUAUGAGCCUAUGGUAUCAGGUCCAGAGGCAGACUAAAAUCCUAACUGUAAUGAAACAGAGGGGUCUUUUUAGCAAGUAUCUUCCUCAGUUAGUCGCAUCCGGCAGGAUAAUUCACCCUGGUCAGUGUCGGAAACCUAGCUCGAAAAGCAACUGUGACCAUCCAUGGUGUGGGACCCCAGUCCUUGUUACCUCUCCGGUUGGAGAAUCAGUGGCUGAUAUGGUGAGGGAUGGACUAUUUGGGUCGGAUGAGGCUCUCAAGUGUUGCCAUGACUGCUUAACUGCUCUGUCAACUGCUGCCAGUGCUGGAAUCCGACAUGGUGACAUCCGCCCAGAGAACGUGAUCCGCGUGAGCUCUAGCACAAAGUAUCCAUACUAUGUUGUUAUUGGCUGGGGGCAUGCCGUUUUGGAAGACAGGGAUCGACCGGCUAUGAACCUUCAUUUCUCUUCGACCUAUGCCCUUCAGGAAGGGAAGCUGUGCUCGGCAUCAGAUGCAGAGAGCCUGAUCUACAUGCUGUACUUUUCCACAGGUGGGGCUUUUCCAGAUUUGGAUUCGGUUGAGGGUGCAUUGCAGUGGAGGGAAAUGUCGUGGUCGAGAAGGGUAAUUCAGCAGAAGCUCGGGGACAUCUCAGCCGUGCUGAAAGCCUUUGCCGAUUACGUAGAUAGCCUUUGUGGGACACCAUAUCCAAUGGAUUACGAGAUAUGGUUGAGAAGGCUGAGGAAGAGUAUUCGGGGUGAAGACCAUGGGAAGGAAAUCGACACUUCAGGUUAGAAUAGCAUCUGGGAUAUCAUAAUUGUUGCUCAGCAUCGGGUCCAGUCGCUCGGAUUUUCUACAGAUCUCUGGUCAAUAAUGUUUGAUGAGGUGGGCUGUCGGAUUUUCUCAAGAAAUUCUUAAACUGAUUCUGGGGAGAUCUACAAUUUUCAGUAACCCUCUGGAGCACAUGGGACAUUAUACUUUUCCAGUUUCUUGAGCUGCAGGCCAUUCAUCUGAUUUUCUCCAGCAAUCAGCAGGUCAUUAUAGAGUUCCUCAAUACUCUGGAGCAUCCGGGACGUCUUUCCAUUUUCUGCUGGUGUUCUUGUAGCAUGUGCAAUCUGAUUUUAAUAGUUAGUCAGAUCAGCGCUGAAGAUGGCCACAUGGAGCUGGGUCCUACAUAGAAUACAGGCCACCACCAUCUGUCUUCACAUUUGUGGCUGGACCAUUGGACACUUCUGAUGGUCCGUGGGGUACUUGAUUGGAUUCCUUCAGAUCUUGAACAUCAUCAGUUUCCCAGAUUGAAAAGGCCCCAGGUUGAAGUGAGUUGUUCUAAUUAUCAUUAUUAUUAUUGUUUGUCAUUAUUUUUUUAAUGUAAAAAUGUGAGCCGUUUUUUAUUGGUUGGUAUAAAAUUGUUUGAAAUUUGAUAUUCACAGAUCCAUGGGCCCUCUGCAGCAUUGGGGCCGCUACAUUCUGUAAAUGGGUUUUAUUUUGAGUUUUAUUUGUUUAUAGUUUUGUUUUGGA